AUGUCUCAAUCCUCUUCCUAUAUCGGCGCCGCGGUUGUCGUCUCGCUUUGGCUUUGUUCGCGGUACUUUGCAUCAUCCCACAACAAAGUCACCACCACCAAACUCAAUGGGCCUUCGAGCUCCAACUGGCUUCUCGGUCUUUCGCGUUUGAUCAGUCAGUCUCCCGACGUUGGUGCCGUUUACGAGGAAUGGGCUGCGCAGUAUGGCUCCGUCUUUCAGUUCCCCUUCACAUUCGGUGAAAAGAAGAUUGUCCUCACCGACCCGAAAGCGUUGGUUCACUUCUACACCUCCGAGCGCUCUAUUUACGUGAAGACGGAGAACGACCGGUAUUUCAUUGGGAAAAUCUUUGGACGGGGAGUUCUGUGGGCGGAAGGAGAGAUGCACAAAAGACAGCGCAAAGCACUCACACCGGCAUUCAGCAAUGCAGCCAUCCGGCGGUUGACUGCUGUCUUCUAUGAUUCAGCCUACAAGGUCAAGUCGUUGUGGGACGCCACCCUAGAGGCCUCUCCAGAGUCGAGCGCGGUGAUUGAUGUCCAGGAUUGGAUGAAUCGUGUCGCGCUGGAUUCCAUCGGUAUUGCUGGCUUCUCGCACGAUUUUGAGUACAUCGCGGGCCAGUCAUCGCCGGUAACGCGCGCAUUCGAAUCCUUCCAGACUAUGCCGACGUCGUUCCUCUCGGACAUGGUCUUCAUUCUCAGCAUGAAGUUUCCGUUCAUAUUGAGUCUUCCGACGGAGCGCAUGCGGCUCUUUUGGGAGCUCAACCGGAGCGUCACCGUCAUCGCCCAGAAGUUGCUUGCCAGUACGAGGCGGGAGAAAGAGAGCAAUGUUGCAGAAGAGUUCACGGACAAGUCGGUCAUCGGUUUAUUGCUCAAAUCGGAGAUGGCUGCCGGUCAGCUGCAUAUGACGCAGGAGGAAAUUGUGGCACAGAUGGUGCGUGAAGUUCUGGUGUUUAGCCUUGUCUUAUUUGUUCUGCAAAGAACGUUCUUCUGCUAUGAAACGACUUCAGUCAGCCUUACGUGGGCCCUUAUUGAGCUGUGCAAACACACGGAUAUUCAAGACAAGCUUCGCAAGGAAUUGUCGCGCUUCAACACCAGCGACCCCACGUGGGACCAGCUCAUGUCUUCCGAACUGCCAUAUCUCGAUGCUGUGGUGCAAGAGACCCUUCGCCUUCAUCCAUCUGUCGUUGAGACUCUUCGUGUGGCUUCCUGUGACGAUGUCAUCCCGCUGAGUACACCUAUUGUCGAUGCGGCGGGCAACACCGUAGCGAGUAUCACCGUCGCGAAGGGCACCCCCAUUCUUGCUCCGAUUCGCUCGGUCAAUCGCUCUGAAGCUCUGUGGGGUAAAGACGCGAAGGAGUUCAUUCCAGAACGGUGGUUCUCAAAUAUCGAUGUACCUGCGAAAGAACUGCAAGGGUAUCGCCAUUUGCUGACGUUCCAUGAUGGGCCGAGAACCUGUUUGGGCAAAGCAUUUGCAUUGGCUGAAUUCAAGGCUUGUCUUCCCCCAUUUAUGUGUGUGUUUAUUGCUAAUUUUUGUGCGCAGUCGGUUCUUUCGGUUCUGGUCCGUAACUACGUCUUCGAGUUCGAGUCUCCGGAUGUUGUGAUUGAGAACCACGUCGCGAUUGUCCCGCGUCCGAGGAUUGCAGGGGAAACUGGAACGAGGGUGCCUCUUCGGGUGAAGAGAGCGGAGUAA